AUGUCAGGCAAACGACAGUCGCAGAGACACCUCAACAAGGCCAAGCGUGAACACGAGGAGUCCCUGUCUACAGACAAUACCACUGAUUCCACGCCGGCUUCAGCAAAACGCCAGCGUAAGGAGCCCAAGGAUUCGAUGACUGGUCCCGCAACGACUGCUCUCACGAUGUCCCUCUCGCACACGACCAUCGUCCCUAACACUGUUCUCCCGGUGUAUCAACACAUGUUGCCAAAGAACCCCGAGGGCAUCGCAUUCCUCUUCGGUACACGCUUCUCCGAAGCCCUCCAGGUGCCCGCCGAACGCGUUGCCAUUCAAUACCAAAUCACAAAAGAGGACGCGAUCGAGGAACUUCGUCGACUUCUUAUUAUCAAGGCGUUCACGGCUGAUGUCGAUGCUAACAAGAUUAGUCCCACGCCCCUUAGUAUGCGCAAUCAUCUAGACCCUCUCUCACUCACUCAUACUAACCUGCGAAAACAGUGGACGAGCUUUGGCAUGCUACCAUCCUCGAUACAAAACUCUACGCAGAUUUGCAAGAAGCUCUUGGACUCGUUCUUCACCAUCGACCGUCCGGAGCGAGCGACCAGGAGUCUGAGCACCGCGAGAGGCGAUUGA